ACACCUCGUACUGUCUUCCCAUCCAUCAUUGGAACUCCACGACGUCAAGGGUAUAUCAUGCCUGUCCUCCUAAUCAACUAAACUAAUGAAUCAGCCCUCUAAACAACAAAGGAAAGGACAGAUAUAUCGGCCAUGAAGCAGUAUCCCAUCGACAAUUCCUCAAUAUCAGACCCCCCGUGGAAUGCGGCUUCAUCACCCGCUGGGAUGAUAUGGAGACAAUAUGGCAUCAUGUCCUAGAAAAAGAGCUCGAAGUGAUCCCAUCGGACCAUCCAAUCCUCAUGGCUGAUCCGCUCUCAAACCGCAACUCAGCCAGAGAAAGAACAGCACAGAUUGUCUUUGAGAGUUUUAAUUCCCCUGCCUUCUGUACUAUCCCAUCAGCUGUGUUGUCCCUCCAUGCAUCCGGCCGAAAUACAGGCCUCGUCAUCGACUCAGGCAGCGAAGUAACAGACAUCGUUCCCAUCCACAAUGGCUCGAUAAUCCAAGACGCCUGCGAUCGAUUCGAUAUCGCCGGUGACGAUUUGACAGAUUAUCUUCGGAAGCAACUCACCGACGCUGGAUAUGAAAUACUAACAAACACAGGCAGUGAUAUCGUGCGCGAUAUGAAAGAGAAAUUCGGCUAUGUGGCACUUGACUAUGAAGAGGAGAUGCUGUUCACACUCCAGUCUUCUCAUUCUGCCAAAGCGUAUGAGCUGCCUGAUGGACAGGUUAUUUUGGUUGGUGUGGAGAGAUUGGCUACCACUGAGUGUCUGUUUCAGCCUUGCAUGUUGGGGCUUGAUAGUCGGCCUCUUCAAGCGAGUGUAUACAGGAGUAUUAUGAAGAGUGAUGAAGGUAUCCAGAAUGAUCUAUUCGAGAAUAUUGUCUUGUCCGGAGGAAACACCCUCUUCCGAGACCUGCCUGAACGCCUCCAAAAAGAAAUCGCAGAUUUCGACUCCAACAAACACAAUACCAGCGUUAUUGCACCCCCACACCGCAAGUAUCUCGCUUGGAUUGGUGGUUCGAUGCUUGCUUCUCAGGCUGGUUUUCAGAAUUGGGUUUCCAAGGAGGAAUACGAGGAAGUUGGGCCUUCGAUUAUCCAUCGCUGUAUAUAAUUCUGCAGUCCUCUUCUAUAAUUCCUAUUUAAGAAUGUGGAUUGUGGCGCUGAUAUCGCCCAAUAGAAACUUAUAGAGCUCAUCUGGCGUGGGGAAAAACCUCGGCUGGCUUAGGUCUGCGUAUAGAAUAUGUUAG